AUGGAGGGGUAUGCCAAAGCUGGCAUAAAUCCUACGCAAUGGAGUGACAAAGUUGAAGCAAUAGAGUCUGAACUUGCAAUUCAUGAUGCGAGAUCAGAUAUCACUUAUGGGACCUGCCUUGGUAGGAAGUUUGAUAGUAAUUUGAAACCCAAUAUCAUAACCAGAAUCUGUGUCAUAGCUGAAGACAUGAGCGAAGAUGAAGUAGGGAGGGCAUUGCUAAUGGUUAACAAGGUUCAGUUCAUCAAUAAGAGUAAAGAGAAUAAUGGGUUUGGAUUAUGUCAUUCUUACACUAUCCAAAUCACAUUAAUUUUGACUGAGACGGGAAAUGCAGAUGCUGAAUGUGUGGGAAGUGAGAGUUCAUCUGUGAAUAUAAAGGUCUUGUUCUUUGCUAGAGCUCGAGAUCUAACCGGCUUGACCGAUAUGCCAUUAGAGGUGUCAUCUGGUAGUACCACCAGUGAUUGUUUGAAUAAGCUUGUUGCUAGGUUUCCUGGGUUGGAAGAGAUCCGGGGUUGUAUAGUUCUAGCUUUAAAUGAGGAAUACACCACUGAGUCGUCGAUUGUUAAAGAAAAAGAUGAGUUGGCAAUCAUACCUCCCAUCAGUGGAGGCUAA